AUGAAGCCACCCGGCAACAGCUCCCGGCGGCCACCCCUGGCGGGCUGCAGCCUUGCCCGAGCCUCCAGCGGCCCCAGCGGCGGCUCCGCCGCCCCGGCGCCCAUCCGCGCCCUGGCCCGCGCGCCUCCCUGCCGCCUCCUCCUCGUCCUUUUCCUGCUGCCUCCACUCGCCGCCUCGUCCCGGCCCCGCGCCUGGGGGGCUGCUGCACCCAGCGCUCCGUAUUGGAAUGAAACUGCAGAAAAAAAAUUGGGAGUCCUGGCAGAUGAGAACAACACAUUGCAACAGAAUAGCAGCAGUAAUAGCAGUUCCAGCCAUGCAAUGCAGAAAGAAAUCACCCUGCCUUCAAGACUCAUAUAUUACAUCAACCAAGACUCGGAGAGCCCUUACCAUGUUCUUGACACAAAGGCAAGACACCAGCAAAAACAUAACAAGGCUGUCCAUCUGGCCCAGGCAAGCUUCCAGAUUGAAGCCUUUGGCUCCAAAUUCAUUCUUGACCUCACAUUGAACAAUGGUUUGCUGUCUUCGGAUUAUGUGGAGAUUCACUAUGAAAAUGGGAAACCACAGUACUCUAAGGGUGGAGAGCACUGUUACUACCAUGGCAACAUCAGAGGUGUCAAGGACUCAAGGGUGGCUCUGUCAACCUGCAAUGGACUCCAUGGUAUGUUUGAAGAUCAUACCUUUGUGUAUAUGAUAGAACCACUGGACCUGUUUCACAAUGAGAAAAGCACAGGUCGGCCGCAUAUAAUCCAGAAAAUCUUGGCAGGACAAUAUUCUAAGCAAAUGAAGAAUCUCAGUAUGGAAAGCAGUGACCAGUGGCCUUUUCUAUCUGAAUUACAGUGGUUGAAGAGGAGACGGAAGAGAGCAGUAAAUCCAUCCCGUGGUGUCUUUGAAGAAAUGAAAUAUUUAGAACUAAUGAUUGUUAAUGAUCACAAAACGUACAAGAAGUGUCGUUCUUCUCUCGCACAUGCGAACAACUUUGCAAAGUCUGUGGUCAACCUUGUGGAUUCUAUUUACAAGGAGCAGCUUAACACCAGGGUUGUCCUGGUGGCUGUAGAGACCUGGACCGAGAGGGAUCACAUUGACAUCACCACCAACCUUGUGCAGAUGCUCCAUGAAUUCUCCAAAUACCGACAGCGUAUCAGACAGCAUGCUGAUGCUGUGCAUCUCAUUUCGCGUGUGACAUUCCACUAUAAGAGGAGCAGCCUGAGUUACUUUGGAGGUGUCUGUUCUCGCACAAGGGGAGUUGGUGUGAAUGAGUAUGGUCUUCCAAUGGCAGUGGCACAAGUAUUAUCGCAGAGCCUGGCUCAAAACCUUGGAAUCCAAUGGGAACCUUCUAGCAGAAAGCCAAAAUGUGACUGCACAGAAUCCUGGGGUGGCUGCAUCAUGGAAGAAACAGGGGUAUCUCAUUCCAGAAAGUUCUCAAAGUGCAGUAUUUUGGAGUAUAGAGACUUUUUACUGAGAGGGGGUGGAGCCUGUCUUUUCAACAGGCCAACAAAGCUGUUUGAGCCCACAGAGUGUGGAAAUGGAUACGUAGAAGCUGGGGAGGAGUGUGACUGUGGCAUCCAUGUGGAAUGCUAUGGACUGUGCUGUAAGAAAUGCUCUCUCUCCAAUGGGGCCCACUGCAGCGAUGGGCCUUGCUGCAAUAAUACCUCGUGUCUUUUUCAGCCACGAGGAUAUGAAUGUCGGGAUGCUGUGAAUGGGUGUGAUAUUACCGAAUAUUGUACUGGAGACUCUGGCCAGUGCCCACCAAAUCUUCAUAAGCAAGAUGGAUAUGCAUGCAACCAAAAUCAGGGCCGCUGCUACAACGGGGAGUGCAAGACCCGGGACAACCAGUGUCAGUACAUCUGGGGAACAAAGGCUUCAGGCUCUGACAAAUUCUGUUAUGAAAAGCUGAAUACGGAAGGCACCGAGAAGGGCAACUGUGGAAAGGAUGGAGACCGAUGGAUCCAGUGCAGCAAACAUGAUGUGUUCUGUGGAUUUUUACUCUGCACCAACCUUACUCGAGCGCCACGUAUUGGUCAACUUCAGGGUGAGAUCAUCCCAACUUCCUUCUAUCACCAAGGCCGGGUGAUUGACUGCAGUGGUGCUCAUGUGGUUUUAGAUGAUGAUACGGAUGUGGGCUAUGUCGAAGAUGGAACACCAUGUGGCCCAUCUAUGAUGUGUUUAGAUCGGAAGUGUCUACAGAUUCAGGCCCUAAAUAUGAGCAGCUGCCCCCUCGAUUCCAAGGGUAAAGUGUGUUCAGGCCAUGGGGUGUGUAGUAAUGAAGCCACCUGCAUCUGUGAUUUCACCUGGGCAGGGACAGACUGCAGUAUCCGGGAUCCAGUUAGGAACCUACACCCCCCCAAAGACGAAGGACCCAAGGGUCCUAGUGCCACCAAUCUCAUAAUAGGCUCCAUCGCUGGGGCCAUCCUGGUAGCAGCUAUUGUCCUGGGGGGCACAGGAUGGGGAUUUAAAAAUGUCAAGAAGAGGAGGUUUGAUCCUACUCAGCAAGGCCCCAUUUGAAUCAGCGGC